UGAUCGAUACAUAACUUUUUUUUCCUUUGUCUGUCGAGCUGCAUCUUUCUGGCCGGCUGCUUAUACCCGAGCGAAAUUCACUGCCUUUUAGCUGGCCCUAUUUACCUGCUGUUGACACCUUCGAUGAGUAUAUUACUCUUGUUAUACUCGGUUAUCAACAUGAAUGUUGUCUCAUGGGGAACUCGAGAUUCUAAUCCACCUGAAACGACAAGACGAAGAACGAUUGUUGCAAAGGGUACGAAGAGAAAUGAAAUAGUUGAUGGCGCUGUAAUGCAUCCGCAGAUUUCAGAUGGUCGGACUUUCAAUGCAACACAUAAUCUUUCCAUAGACAUCGCAAGUCAUCAACCUUGUGAAUUAAAACAAGAUUCCGAGGAAGCAGCUGUUUCCAGUACUUCAAUUCCAGCAAUAAGCGAUCAAAAUAUCCACAGAACAGAAGCCACGUUAAACUGGAAUUUGGAAACCGAAGUUAAAUUGUCAAAACAAUUACGGAACCGGAAAUGUUUGACGGAAGAGGAAAAUAACUACUGGAACGAUUUAAUUGCACAAAAGUUAUUUCCCAUCGUGGAGAGCAGCCAAGAACACAAGGAAAGAAUCUCAGCUGACUUAAUUCGACUGCGGAACUUGUCCUUUACGUGCUUCAUUUUGUUUAAUUCGCUUUUCGUUGCGUUGAUAUUCGGAGUGCAAGUAAACGACAAUUUAAUAUCCCAAGGCCUAAACAGCACUUACAGUUCAAAUCAUCACGACACAUUCGAGCUGACUAAUCGCAAUGAUGGCUGGUUUUCGCAAACAAGUCCGAUGCACAUUAUUCUGGUCUCCUUGGCCGGACUGAUGCUAGUCAUUCAAUUUACUGCCCUUUUGAUUUCCAGGACGAACAAUUUAAUCCGCAUAUUGUCGUCUGUACAUUUCACGUUAUUUCGCGAGAGUCCAUCGAGUAUUGAUAACUCGGUCGUUUUGACUCGCUUCAAUACGGCCGCUAAUCAAAAAGAGGAAAGCUCAGCAACAGACUACCAUACAGAUAUGCGUCAAAUUAAUCUAAUCUCAUAGUAUUAAAUGUUUUAUGGCUUUUCAUUGGGUUUUUUGUGGUGGAGGUUAAUGGUGUGUAAUACAGGCUCAACUAGUAUUCUCGUGCUUUCGGAAGAUGCGAAAUGUUGUGGUGGAUUGCUUGUACCGAAACGAAGCCCUGGAUUUCGGUUACUUAUUUAUGGAGCCGAUUUGAUAUCUAGUCCCCACGAUAGAGACCCAUAAUCUUAUUUGGAAAUUCUUUGACUAAACUUUUAAAUUUUUCUCAUUGUAGGACGUGUAACCGUAACGAGUUGACCCGCCAUUACAAUUCCCAUGGAAACAGGAAAUUUUUUUUGUACCUGGCACACAUGUUCGUCAUAAUGUGCAAAAAGGUGAAUCAACGUCAGGUGAAUAAACUCACCAACGUCCUGAAGGUACUAAAUUCUAAUUAUUGUUUUGCUACAGCAAUUAAAUGUUCACAGAUUGGCGCUUCGCAGGAUCUGUUUGGUGAUUAUAGGGGCAAAAAUAUGUACUUCUAUAUUAUGUUCUUAUAAGUAGUGAAUGUUGCCAACUCGAUAGCGAUCGGAAUGGACUGUUUUAUUACAUGUACUUAUUUAUUUCUGUUAGGCACCCACCUAGUCUUUGCAUUCCUGUUAGUAGUCCUGUCUUUCUCUCCGAUUCGUUCUCCCUUUUUCCUGGUUUUGCCAUAUGGUGUCCCUAAUGGUCUGCACGUGCAAAACAGACAACUUAAAAAUUGGAUAAGUAAACAUUUGUUAAAACGUCCUUGAGUUUUCAGCUAGCGAUAGAUUCGAAAGAUACAAAUGUCUGUAAUCCAACCUUGCCAUUCAGUCACAGAGCAUCGGUUGGCCCUUACUGUUACAAGGUAAGUUCUCUCUAACAGGAACUUGGUUUCGCCUCGCGUUUUCUGAUGCAGCUUCAAUAUCGUUCUGUUCUUCAUGUUUGCAAAUUAUGUUGUGCAUGUACGUGUGUGUUUAUAUAAAGGCUGAUAAAUAUUUUGCGUUUUUCAGGCAACUCAUCGUCAGAACGUAUGAAAAUGUUGCAUACAAAGGAAAAAGCCGAUUCUUACUUCAAGAUUUGUAGCAAGUUAAUUGCUUGUUGUGUGACUUUCAUCGCAAUUCUAUCGACUGGGAUCGUUUCCAAGGGGGCUAUCUUCUUCAUGAUUUCAUCCAUGAGCAACGAAUGGACGCAACCCUCUUCAGGAGAACGUGUUCAAGAUCCCGAUCCUUACAAACACGUUGUGCGAUUCGCUUGUUGGAUGUGGAGCCUUUUCUUCAGUUUUGCAGUUCCUGAAUUGUUCGGUUUCUUGCAAUCGCUGCACAUUUGUGUUUCUCGGCGAGGUUGUUGGACGCGUCCUCGUUUUGUUGAUUUUACGAUUGUGUUUCUUUUUGAAACUGCACAGGCCAUAGGAAUGGCUUUGCUAUUAGGCUCCGUUUUCACGGGUCUUUCGGUUCUACAUGGUAUUUUGAUUACCAAUUGCCUUUAUCUGGUCCCUGCUCUGUUCAACUUCCUGUCGCGAAAACCAGACGAACCAAAACGAGCGGCUAAAAUGGCGACAGAUGCAUUUGCAUUUUUUGCUCAGUUGAGUGGCUGUUUACAUUGGACCUUUAUUCGAGAUACCACGGCCCUAUUGAGCAAUAGCUACGAUUUCAGUUUCAUCCAACGUCAGCGGAUGUUGGACUGGACACUACCUGUAUCCCUGAUUCUCAUUUCUAUUGGAUGGUGGGAGAAUCACGUCGACAAAGGUGCACCUGUCGGUUUUAUCAAGUUUUUGGGUCGAAUUAAAGAAAACAUGAAAGAGACGAGACCAUUUACUCAGAUAUUUGUCAGCCUGUGGAAAUUAUUGGUUUUUGUCGGCACGAUGCUUAUUUUAGCGGACGUGAUUUUCAUGACGCAAGAAGAACAUGCGUUUGGUGCUACCUCUGACCUCUUCCUUUUGGCUAUCAAAAAUGGUUUCAUCCAGUUCGGUAACAGUUUAACAUCGGUGGAUUGGACUUCUCCGUUCUACGUAUUUAUCAUCCAAUCAACUGCUUCAUUUUUCUUCUAUUGUUUCGGUACCUUUGCCUGUAAGAUUGGAGUUCAGCGUUCCUGCUUCGCCCUGCCGGUGGUCUUGAUCACCCCUAGUUUCAUUUGCAUGUGGGCCGUUACGCAAUUUGACUUACUCAAUUCAUGUCAUGACUGCCUAUCAACUGAUGCGCAAUAUUUCACCAAUGAAAACUAUCAGAGAACAGUCAUCUUGCUUUGUCUGGCGUUCGUUUGGUUUCUCUCCCAAAUAUGGAUCACACUUCACAUUUGGAAGCCUGCCGAGAUAUCUGAACAAAGUGAAACAACCGAUACAAAGUGGUACAAUUCGUUUGUAAUUGACCAGUCAAUGAGUUUAAGUCCACACUAUCAUCCAAGCACUGCAAUUGACGAAACUGGCAGUGCAGCAAAAACUGUAUUUGCUGUUGUAACCAUGUGGCACGAAUCGACCGAAGAAAUCCAUAACAUCCUCAAGUCCAUCUUUCGAAUGGAUAAGGACCAAUGUAAACGCCGUGUUGCUUCCGACUACGAUCAAGUUAUCGACCCUCAUCUCUAUCGUUACGAGACCCAUAUCUUUUACGACGAUGCCUUUGAAUGGGAUUCAAGGGAUGGCGUAGCAUCCAGGGUCGUCAAUCAUUUUGUGAAUGACUUUAUCGCAAAGCUUCAUAGUAUGAACUGUACAAGCCUUGAUCCGCCGACGAUUUCUCCUACUCCUUAUGGGGGCUGUAUAACGUGGAUCCUUCCGGGGAAGACGAAAAUGGCAGUUCAUUUGAAAGACAAGACAAAAAUUCGUUCAAAAAAACGUUGGAGUCAACUGAUGUACAUAGAAUAUCUAAUCCGGCACGAGAUGGCGAAUUGCAUCGACUUGUCUAAUGUCUUUUUACUGUCGCUCGACGGGGAUAUGGAUUUCCGGGCAAAAUCUGUUCACAUCCUCGUGGAUCUGAUGAAUGCUCAACGGGAUGUUGUUAUCGCUUGCAAUCGGUCUCAUCCUACUGGUUCCGCAGGUGCAAUUGUUUGGUAUCAAAUGUUUGAGUACGCGAUCGGCUUCUGGUUGCUGAAACCCAGUGAGGAUCUGUUGGGAAGCAUACUUUGCGCUCCUGGUUGCUUCUCCCUCAUCCGUGCCAAUGUUUUGCUGGAUGAAGAAAUCAUGACGAAAUUCAACGCUCUUUCAGAGAAAGCCCACCACAUGAUCCAACGCGACCAAGGUGAAGAUCGAUGGCUGUGCACUUUACUCAUUAAACGGGGAUACCGGCUGGCCUACUCCGCGUCUAGUUAUGCCUACACGCAUUGCCCGGAGACAUUCGAAGAGUUUUAUAAUCAACGUCGUCGUUGGGUACUCUCUAUAAUGGCAAAUACGAUAGAUGUGUUCUUGAAUUGCAGGCAGAUUGUCAAAAUGAAUCCAAAUAUUUCGUGGCUUUACAUCGUUUUCCAGGCCGUGUUAUUAACUCUGGGCCUUUUGUGCCCGGGAUCAAUUUUUCUCGGCCUGGUCAACAUGUCUGCAAUUACUUUCCUUCUCAAUCCAUGGAUUAGUCUCGCUUCUCAUUCAGUUCUUAUUCUUAUUUUUAUUGUUACCUGUUUCUUAGCCCCAACUCGCGUGCAGUUGAUGGUGGCCAAAUGUCUCUCAGCUCUAUAUGGACUAAUUUUGGGUAUCGUAGGAAUUAACUCGGCAGUUUCUAUCAGCGGAUACGCCAGCGUCGAAUCGUAUUGGUCGAUACAUAAUGUAUUUUUUCUCUCUCUGGUGUGUUGUAUUUUUCUAAUGGCCUGUCUACACUUGAACGAAAUUCAUUGCCUUUUGGCCGGUCCCAUUUACAUGCUGUUGACACCUUCGAUGAGCAUGUUACUCUUCUUCUACGCGAUUAUAAACAUGAAUGUAGUGUCGUGGGGAACUCGAGAUUCUAAUUCUACAGAAAGGGCAACACCCCCAACAACAGAGACUCUAAAAAAGGAUAUAGAAAAUUAUUCCAAUAUUGGUAAUAAUUACAACGAAACAGCUGAUGGCGCUGACACGGUUCCGCAGAUUUCAAAUGAAAAUGGUCAAACAUUCAAUACGACGCAUGAACUUUCCAUCGACACUACAAGUUAUCAAUCAUGGGAAAUGGAACAAGAUGCAGAGGAUUCAGCUGUUCCUAGUUCAUCAAUUCCAGCCGACCAAAAUCCCUACAAAACACGGGACUCCUUAAACUGGAAUUUGGAGACCGAGGUUGAAUUGUCGAAACAACUGUCGAACGUGAAAUGUUUGUCGGACGAAGAAAAUAGCUACUGGAACAAUCUAAUUGCACAAAAAUUAUUUCCCGUAGUGGAUAGUAACAAAGAACAUAAGGAAAGAAUCUCAAUCGAUUUAAUUCGAUUGCGGAACUUGUCCUUCACGUUGUUCAUCUCGAUCAAUUCGCUUUUUGUUGCAUUGCUAUUCGGGAUGCAAGUGAAUAGCGACAUCUCGAUUUUGCAAGGAUUAAACAACACAAACAGUUCAAGUUACAACGACACGCUCGAGUUUACUAAAUUCAACGAUGACUGGGUGUCGCAAACGAAUCCUAUGCACAUUGUUCUGGUUGUCUUAGCCGGUCUUAUGAUCGCCAUUCAAUUUGUCGCCCUAUUGAUUUCUAGAACGAAAAAUCUAAUUCGCCUAUUAUCAUCUGUAGAGCUCAAGUUCUUCCGAAAGAAUCUAGCGAGUGCCGAUGGUGCUAAUGGACUGCGACUUUCAAACAAAGUCGUUUUGAUUCGUUUCAACUCUGCUGCUAAUCGUAACGAGAAAAAUUCAGCUUCGAAUCACCAAACAGAUUUGGGCCAAAUAAGCACAAUUUCGCAGUUGUAAUCACGUCUACUGUCGGAAGCCAGGAGGAUUGGUAAUGGAAAAUAUCGAAUACAUCGAAUACAAUUCA